CAAAAUCACUUCUGGCACCUGACCUUCUCCCUCUCAAAGCCUCUGUUUUCUUCUCAUUCAAAUUUCAAUUUUCGAAAUUCCAGACUCCUCCAUCGAUCAUCGGAGUUCCAUACCGUGAUGGAGAUUGCAUCUGCUCCGAUCAGUUCCUGCUCGAAAGAGCAUCAAAAGAUCUACCAACAUUGGUUCAGCCUCGCCGAUUCAGAUAGAGAUGGUCGUCUUACUGGAAAUGAUGCCACGAACUUCUUCGCCGCGUCGAAGCUGUCACGACCAGAACUCAAGCAGGUAUGGGCAAUUGCAGAUUCCAAACGACAAGGAUUUCUAGGUUUUAAGGAGUUCAUUACUGCAAUGCAGCUGAUUUCUUUGGCACAAGCAGGAAAUGAUUUGACCACAUAUCUUAAAUCUGCAGCUGAGUUGGAAGCUAUAGAACCUCCAUUAAUGGAAGGUUUGGAUGCUUUAAUUGCUAAUGUCAAAUCUUUAGCAAUUUAUAGCGAAUCUGAAGUCAAUGGAACUGCUCAGCUGCAAUCAUUACCAUCUGCUCAGAAGUUCAGUUCAAAAUCUGCAAAGAAGGUGGUAUCUCUCACUAUGGUUACAUCAAUAAUUGAUGGCUUGAAGAGAUUGUACAUUGAGAAGCUAAAGCCAUUGGAAGUUACAUACCGGUUUAAUGAUUUUGUAUCUCCUUUCUUGACAAACAGUGAUUUUGAUGCUAAGCCUAUGGUUAUGCUUUUGGGUCAAUAUUCAACUGGAAAAACAACUUUCAUAAAACAUCUGCUUAAAUGUAAUUACCCAGGAGCCCAUAUUGGACCUGAGCCCACAACUGAUCGAUUUGUUGUCGUCAUGUCUGGACCUGAUGAAAGAAGUAUUCCGGGGAACACUAUCGCUGUUCAAGCAGACAUGCCAUUUAGUGGUCUGACAAAAUUUAGUGGUGCAUUUUUAUCCAAAUUUGAGUGUUCUCAGAUGCAACAUCCACUGCUAGAACACAUCACUUUUGUGGACACUCCAGGGGUUUUAUCUGGAGAAAAGCAACGAACACAGCGUAGCUAUGAUUUCACUGGUGUUAUAUCGUGGUUUGCAGCAAAAUGUGAUCUUAUUCUUCUUUUAUUUGAUCCACAUAAACUUGAUAUCAGUGAUGAAUUCAAACGUGUGAUUACAUCUCUACGUGGUCAUGAUGACAAGAUACGUGUGGUUCUUAACAAAGCAGACCAAGUUGAUACACAGCAGUUGAUGAGAGUUUAUGGAGCAUUGAUGUGGUCCCUCGGGAAAGUCUUGAAUACUCCAGAGGUGGUGCGUGUUUAUAUUGGCUCAUUCAAUGACAAGCCUGUUAAUGAAGGUGCUGUUGGUCCCAUCGGGAAGGAACUUUUUGAGAAAGAACAGGAUGAUCUCCUUAUCGAUUUGAUGGAUAUUCCAAAGAAAGCUUGUGAUCGUCGAAUCAAUGAGUUUGUCAAACGUGCGAGAGCUGCCAAAAUUCACGCCUACUUAAUUAGCCAUCUCAAGAAGGAGAUGCCGGCGAUGAUGGGCAAGGCAAAAGCUCAACAGCGGCUUGUCGAUAAGCUCGAAGACGAGUUUGCAAAGGUCCAGAGGGAGUUUCAUCUUCCGGGUGGCGAUUUUCCUGAUGUGGAACACUUUAGGGAGGUCUUGAGUGGCUACAGCAUCGAUAAAUUCGAGAAAUUGAAGCCAAAAUUGGUACAAGCUGUAGAUGACAUGCUUGGCUAUGAUAUUCCUGAGCUGCUGAAGAAUUUUAGAAAUCCUUAUCAGUGAAUAUGAACUAUCUUGUAUGAAGGGUACAUGGUUUGCAGUUUGGACAUAUAUCAACUAUCUUAUUUUUUUCAAAAUUUACUGAAUAUGGUUUAUUUAUUUAUUUAUUUAUUUUUAUAA